AGCUGCCACACGCUGCCUCAAAUAUAAAUCACUUAUUUGCAUUAAAAUAAAAUAUUUAUUGUUGAUUUAUUUAGGGGUAACUUUCUCAACACCCCUAAAAAAAAACCUCCAUCGCUACAUCUUUGCCUUUUGAUUGACCGCUCCAUAUUUUUUCUUCUCCUGUGUUGCUGCUGAAUGUUCCUCCUGCCUGCUGGAGAAAGGAUACAAAAAGAAAACAACAGAGGAAGAAGGCACACUGGAAAAUAAAGGAGGUGGAGGAAAAGAAGUGAAAUAACAGGAGCAUUGGUGGAGAACAGUUUGGGAAGAAAGUGCAAGUGGAGAACGAGACUUGCCAUUUAUACAUUUUUUUUGCUUUUGUGUGAAGAUUUCUUUUGUUUCCAAUCUGCUGAUUAAAAGGAGGUGACGCCAUGACAACAGAAAUGCAGGAGAUCGCCAUCACGGAGGAGAAGCCUUUACUCACGGGUCAGGCUGAGGCCAAGGAUGCUGAACUGGCUGCUAGGAUACUCCUGGACCAAGGACAGGAGCACAGUAUCGAGACGCCCCACGGUGUUCUGCACGUGACCCUCCACGGCACACGAACCACCCGCAGGCCUGCUAUCCUCACCUUCCACGACGCGGGUCUGGACAGUAAGAGCUGCUUCUCCCCUCUGUUCAAGUUCGAGGAGAUGCAGGAGAUCGUCAAGAACUUCACCCUGAUUCAUGUUGACGCUCCGGGGCAGGAGGAGGGGGCCGCCGCCUACCCCACAGGUUACCAGUAUCCCUCCAUGGACACCGUAGCAGAGAUGAUCCCCUCCGUCCUGCAGUUUUUCAACUUCCGUACUGUAAUCGGAGUGGGUGUGGGAGUGGGAGCGUACGUCCUCUCCAAGUUCGCACUUGCAAACCCAGAUUCAGUGGAAGGUCUGGUUCUGGUCAACAUCGACACUAACGCUAGAGGAUGGAUAGACUGGGCUGCUCAGAAGCUCAGCUCUGUGACGUCCUCCCUCACGGAGCAGAUCCUGUGCCACCUUUUCAGUCAGGAGGAGAUGUCAGCAAACACAGAUCUAGUGCAGUCUCACAGAGAGCGCAUCUCCAAAGCGUCUAAUCUGGUGAACAUAGAGCUCCUCUGGAAGACUUACAACAGUCGCAGAGACUUGAACAUUGACCGCAACAGCACCUUCAAGUGUCCAGUAAUGUUGGUGGUGGGCGAUCAGGCUCCAUAUGAGGACGCUGCCGUGGAGUGCAACAGCAAAAUGGACCCAACAACAACUUCAUUCCUAAAGAUGGCUGAUGCUGGUGGUCUCCCUCAGCUGACCCAGCCUGCUAAACUGACUGAGGCUUUCAAGUAUUUCAUCCAGGGAAUGGGCUACAUGGCGUCAUCUUGCAUGACCCGCCUGUCCCGCUCUCGCACCACCUCCCUCUCCUCCUCCUACUCCAUGGAUGGGUCCCGCUCUCGCUCCCGCACCCUGUCGCAGGGCUCGCAGGGCGGUCAGAUGCCGCCAAGCCCCUCCCAAACGAUGGAGGUGUCUUGCUGAAGAAAAAAACAAAAUAAUGAUAGCGAGAGAGAGAGUGAGUGAGAGUGAGAAGAGGGCGAAGGCGAAAGGAAAGGGAAAGAUGAAUCGCGAUGAUAAUGUAGGAAGGAGACAAAUGGGUUACUUAUUUGUCACUAAACAACUCCCAUCAUUCCCCACAAGAGCAGGGUAGGACUAGAGAGGGAGGGAGGAAGAGAGAUGGAGGGAUUUCAGAGGAAGAAUCCUCACAUUUUGCACCACAUGUUGCACCAGUCCUUCUCCUCACACCCCCCUUUCCAGCUCCAAACAAAGGUGGAUUGGGCUGGUCUACAAUGAAUAUGAGAAGUAUAGACAAGAAGAGAUUAAUAGGUGGAGAAAGAAUGGCCACAGUCCUCUCUCCCUCCCUCUAUUGUCAGCCAAUAGAGCCCUUUAAUUUAGACGAGGAGGCCUAUAGAGACCACACACCUUGCGUUAACCAAUAGUAAUAAUUCUGAAAAUGUUGUUGAUGCUGAUGUUGUUGAUGAAGCUAAUGAUGAUGAUAAUGUAAUAGAAAAAAAAAAAACUUUUCUCUUUUAUUAAGUUUAAUAGAUAAAAAAAAAAAAAAACGUACUAUAGCAGAGAUACUUAUAACAAUGUGUGUCUACUACUUUUUAAGCUAGUUUUUAUUGUGUUAUUUUAAUUUCUUUAAUCGGAUUUCUCAUUUUGCCUCAGCGAAACGGCUGAAGCUCCCGAUCGGUUGACCCGUCGUGUGGCAACAGCCAAUGAGAGCCAUUAUAGUGACUACUUCCUCCUUGAUGUUGACAGGUUGUUCAUGUCUUCCAUUUGCCCUGUCUAUUAGUAUUUGUUUUCCCAUUGGAUUUGAUGAGGUGGGCAGGAAGCUUUGUUUUCCUUUUGACUUAGAAGUUGGAAUCAGCCCAUGUGAAUAUUGACUGGGUAAUAUUUUUCUUUUUAUAUUCUUCUAAUGAGUUGUGUGGAUUUGGGUGCGUGUGCUGUUUCGUUUCCGUGGAGUGUGUAGCGAACAUGGCGGUAAGCAUAGGUGAGACUGAGGGUGUUAGCUUUAGCUAUCGUUAACACGAGUCGCACACUAAAAAGUGCUUCCAAUACAGCUGGCAGUCCAGCACUGCGUGUGCUAAUAUCCACGCUUGUGUACUACUUAACAGGAGUGCGUUACGUCGCUAAGUAGCAUGCUCGUAUGGAUAUUGCAUUUCAAGUGUUAGACGUACCCAGAAGGGAUCACUGUGUUUAUCACCUGGGUUGUAAUCUCUUAGCCUUGCCCGUGCACGGAUACCUCCUAACAAACCCAGAUAGCAUACUUGAGUUUCUGUGCGCUGUGAAGCAAGCGGCUUUAUUCAAGCAAGAGAAUUGUGUUGUGAUUGUUGCGAUGUGUGUGUGUGUGUGUUCAAGGAAAGUGAAUGUGAGGAAGCGCCUGUAAGCACAAUUAAUGCAGCAAAGAGGGCCAGGGUCCUAUGGAAAAGUUUAGUAAUUUAGAUUUGAGACCAACAAAACCCCCUGUGACUUCUCAAUGACAAUGUACCAGCCCCUUCACUGCCACACACUCGAGGUAUAUAAAUGUUGCCACCGGGGGCUGAACCUUUUGGUACAACCUCAGUCCUAAGAGGCAAAAAAUAUAAUAGCCUUUUUGAGAGUGAAAAAAUUACCAGCCAUGCCAGUUUUUCCUUGCCAAAAUUUUGCGUAAAUUUGACGACGUGUAGUUGUCUUUGUGUUCACAACCUUAAGUUUCACUUUCACUUUUCAAAUGUAGUUAUUUUAAGCCAAAACACAAUGUGUUUCCGUAAACGGAACCAAGUGAUUUUGUUGCCUAAACCUAAAUAAACUGUUUUGUUUGUGUUCAAAAUGUAACGUUUCAUUCAGGUUUACAACGUGUUAGAAAGUGUCGCUUUCAACUAGUUUUUACGUUUCACAAUAUAGUAGGUGUAGCAGGCCCCUUCUGACCCACAUCUAUGAGGUUUAUAACAACUGAUAACGCACAUUUAAUGAGCUGAUAACAGUCUAAUCCGGUGCCUACUUAAUCUAAACACAAAGCUUAUCACUGCCCAACAACAUGUAGCCAUUGGACUGAACGUACUUUUAAAAGGACCCAUAUUUGGACCCAAUCCUUGGAGCGCAUGUGUAUUUGUAAGCGUGCCACUUGCCAGAUGCAGAGUUGCAUCCGAUUCUUUUUUUAUUUUUACUUAAUAGCAGUAUGAUUUUUAUGAGUCAGUUGGAGGUUGCCUGUUUCUUUCACAUGCUGUCUAGUGCUCCUGUCCCAACAUGUUUGAUGAAGUAGACAUGGAUGAUGACGACAGAGAUAAGAAAGUCAGUGGAGGGCCUCAGAUUUUGAGCUUUGAAUAGACUGGUACUUGGGAGAUAUUAAUGAUGGGAGUGACGACAAUAAUCUGUUUUAAAUCACUCUGGCCCAUCACAUCAGUGCAAUUCACAACCAGCCUGUUGUGCUAUAGGGUGUAAAUGCAAAAUGUGACGUCAAACCAGGAUGCUGCCAUGUUUAGGCACUUUUGUCGCUGUCCAGAGGGCUGAAGUGUAGAAUGUAAAUGCUCCUCCCAGACUUAAAUUAAAACUCAAGCAAUCGGGCAUGGAAGCGUCUACCAAAUAAGGGAUAACAGGUGGAGCCUAGAAAUUGAAAUUGCCAAAAAAGGAAAGGGAGUGGCACUUAUCUGUGGGGAGUUGAGCAAGGCUGUGUGAUUGUAAAUGCUCGUCCAUUUUGUCUUUUGUUUGUCUCUUAAUUUUUACUUCGAUCAUAUUUUUCUAUCCCCUCUAUGUUUUGGGAUUUAAUUUUUUUGUUUGUUUUAUCUCUGUGAAGUGUUAGUUUACCGUCCCGAUGUGCUCACAAGUUAGUUAACCGUGUGAUAGUUCUUGUGUAACUUUUUUAGCUUUAGCGCUGAUAAGGGAGAAUAAUAUAAUUAACAAUAAAAAAAAGAUUAAAGGUAAAGAGAAUACAAUCAAUUCUACUUGUCUGGCUAAUUUCUCUGUGUAACACAAUGAACAUCCUAAAAAAAGCAAACUUAAAUAUUAAUAAAAGCUUAAGAGAAAUA